AUGAUGAUAUCUUUGAAGCCAAAUGUUGUUCGAAUCUUCAGACAAGUGCAGCAUUGCAGCAUCCGCAUUUGUCGGUAUCAAUCUACGAAUCCGAAGAAGUCCCUGACGCCCUUGCAAGAAUAUGACAAGCUAGUAAAAAUGGGGAAGCUGCAGGACGAUACAUAUCAACGUGGUAUUAUCUCCUCCUUGGGGGAACUGUAUGAUUCUUUAGUCCGAUAUGUACCUCCGGCCGUCAAAACGCCCAACCCUGUGGACCAAUUGGGUGGUUGGUGGUUGAAAGGCCUCAAAUCUGUCUUCGGUCGUGGCAAAUCCAAAAACCUUGGAGCAGACGUGGACGUAUCCAGAAUUGGUAAUUCAAUACCUCGAGGGAUAUAUUUAUAUGGAGAUGUCGGUUGUGGUAAGACGAUGUUGAUGGACCUUUUCUACACUACAGUCCCCAAGCAUUUAUCGAAAAAGAGAAUACAUUUCCAUCAGUUCAUGCAGUAUGUUCAUAAAAGGUCGCAUGAGAUUGUUAAAGAGCAAAACUUAAAGGAGUUCAGCGAUGCAAAAGGCAAAGAGAUUGACACAGUUCCAUUUUUGGCUGCGGAGAUUGCUAAUAGUUCGCAUGUUCUUUGCUUUGAUGAAUUUCAAGUCACUGACGUGGCAGAUGCUAUGAUACUGAGGAGACUAAUGACAGCCUUAUUAUCGGAUGACUAUGGUGUGGUACUCUUUGCUACUUCAAAUAGACAUCCGGAUGAAUUGUAUAUUAAUGGGGUACAAAGGCAAUCGUUUAUUCCAUGUAUCGAGUUGAUAAAACAUAGAACUAAAGUCAUAUUUUUGAACUCGCCAACAGACUACCGUAGGAUUCGAAGACCGAUCUCAUCCGUUUACUACUUCCCAGCAGAUAGCAGCAUAAAAUAUUCAUCAAAAGAGUGUAAAAAUUGUCGGGAAACCCAUAUCAAGGAAUGGUACGACUACUUUUCUCAGGCUUCCCAUACCGAUGACUCCACAGAUUCUCAUUCAGUUCAUAAGACAUUUUACGAUUAUCCAUUGACCAUUUGGGGGAGAGAAUUUAAGGUUCCUAAAUGUACGCCUCCUCGAGUAGCACAGUUUACCUUCAAGCAACUGUGUGGUGAACCGUUGGCUGCAGGAGAUUAUUUGACGUUGGCCAAGAAUUUUGAAGCUUUUAUAGUGACGGAUAUUCCUUAUUUAUCUAUCUAUGUCCGCGAUGAAGUGAGAAGAUUUAUCACGUUUUUAGAUGCAGUCUAUGACAGCGGUGGGAAACUAGCAACCACAGGUGCAGCAGAUUUCACUUCAUUGUUUGUGGAACCUGAACAAGUGCUAAAUGAAUUUGAAUUACGCCCAGCAAUUAAGGAAAACRAUGCAGUCGACAGUGAACUACUAGAUGAGAUGGUCGAAAAGCACGGAUUUUCGAAAGAGAUUGCCAAGAAAUCGCAGAUGUUUGCCCUCGAUGAAGAAAGGUUUGCCUUCGCUCGUGCCUUAAGUAGACUGUCACAGAUGAGCUCCACCGAUUGGGUUACCAAGCCCAAAUACUGA